AUGCAUGUGGAGACAUGUUGUGACUUCAUCAAGGUGUACGAUGGUCCUACUGCUUCUUCCUCACUGCUGGGUCACCUGCCUCAAGAUCAGAGAAAGCGCUUCAGCUCCACCAGGAACUCUCUGACUGUAGUGUUCUCUAGUGACAACUGUAUAAAUCAUCAAGGCUUUCGGGCAGAGUGGGAGGUCCCAGAACCUACUACUGAACCUACAACUGAACCUCCUACUACCACAAAAGAACUUACUACUAAACCUACAUCUGAACCUCCUACUCCCACAUCAGAUUGCUGUCAAGUAAGCACACGUACUCCCCCAACAAAACGUCCUAAAUCCUCGGCUCGUCCUACCAAACGCAAACCUGAUCAGGAAGACCCCAAACCUAAAAAUAAAGGCCCCAAUUUUAUAAAAAAAUUUAACCCCUUUUUCGCUCUGAUGAGUUUCCCAUUUUUUCCAUUUUCCCUCACAUUCUCCAUGUUUACGUUUGCAUUCUCUGUGUUGGCCUCCAUAUUCUCCCUGUUCAUCCAUUCAUCUAAUCCCACAGAAUUAGCUGCUUCCUGUAGGUGGAACUGUGGCUCUAACCUCGGCAGAUGUUCCUGCUCCAGCUCCUGUCAGUACUACGGAAACUGUUGCCAUGACUACUACGAUUUUUGCCAAGUCACAGCUACAACACCUACUGUGAACAUGACAGUUGCACCACCAUGUGGUGGAGAUCUGACUAACCCAAGUGGAGAAUUCUUCAGCCCCCAGUAUCCUAAUAACUACCCUAAUAAUGCCUAUUGCACAUGGAGACUUCUGGCAUCAGAGAAUCGAACUGUUAAUGUGACUUUCACGUUUGUUGAUUUGGAGGCAUGUUGUGAUUUCAUCAGCGUGUAUGAUGGUCCCAGUGAUACUUACCCACUGCUGGGUCGCCCGGCUCAAGAUCAGAGAUACCACUUCAACUCCACAAGGAACUCUCUGACCGUGGUGUUCUCAAGUGACAACAGUGUAGCUGUUCAAGGAUUCCGGGCACAGUGGGUGUUCUCAGUUGGAGCAUCAUGCGGUGAAGAUCUGACGAACCCAAGAGGAGAAUUCUUCAGCCCGCAGUAUCCUAAUAACUACCCUAAUGAUGCAAACUGCACAUGGAGACUUCUGACAUCAAGGACACAAGUUGUUAACUUGACCUUCACGUUUGUUGAUUUGGAGGCAUGUUGCGACUCCAUCAGGGUGUAUGAUGGUCCUGAUGAUACUUACCCACUGCUGGGUGACCUGCCUCAAGAUCAGAGAAAUAACUUCAACUCCACCAGGAACUCUCUGACCAUAGUUUUCUCAACUGACCAAACUAUAACUGGUCAAGGCUUUCGGGCACAGUGGGUGUUCUCAGAAUUAGCUGCAUCCUGUAGGUGGAACUGUGGCUCUAACCUCGGCAGAUGUUCCUGUGCCAGCUCCUGUCAGGACUACGGAAACUGUUGCCAUGACUACUUCGAUUUUUGCCAAGUCACAGCUACAACACCUACUGUGAACAUGACAGAAUCUAAUCCUUCUCCCUCAACUGAUCCUUCUUCUCCCACAUCAGCUCCUCCUUCCUGCAGGCUGAACUGUGGCUACAGCCUCGGCAGCUGUUCCUGCUCCAGCUCCUGUCAGUACUACGGAAACUGCUGCCACGACUACCACGAUUACUGUGAAGCAACCACACCUACUCCUGACACCCCAACAGCUCCUCCUUCCUGCAGGUGGAGUUGUGGCUACAACCUCGGCAGCUGUUCCUGCUCCAGCUCCUGUCAGUACUAUGGAAGCUGCUGCCACGACUACUACGAUUACUGUUACCCAAGUACACCUGCUCCUGACACAACAACAGAAUUAGCUGCUUCCUGUAGGUGGAACUGUGGCUCUAACCUCGGCAGAUGUUCCUGCUCCAGCUCAUGUCAGGACUACGGAAACUGUUGCCAUGACUACUACGAUUUUUGCCAAGUCACAGCUACAACACCUACUGUGAACAUGACAGUUGCACCACCAUGUGGUGGAGAUCUGACUAACCCAAGAGGAGAAUUCUUCAGCCCGCAGUAUCCUAAUAACUACCCUAAUGAUGCAAACUGCACAUGGAGACUUCUGGCAUCAAGGACACAAGUUGUUAACUUGACCUUCACGUUUGUUGAUUUGGAGGCAUGUUGCGACUCCAUCAGGGUGUAUGAUGGUCCUGAUGAUACUUACCCACUGCUGGGUGACCUGCCUCAAGAUCAGAGAAAUAACUUCAGCUCCGCCGGGCACUCUCUGACUGUAGAUUUCUCAACUGACCAAACUAUAACUGGUCAAGGCUUUCGGGCACAGUGGGUGUUCUCAGAAUUAGCUGCAUCCUGUAGGUGGAACUGUGGCUCUAACCUCGGCAGAUGUUCCUGCUCCAGCUCAUGUCAGGACUACGGAAACUGUUGCCAUGACUACUUCGAUUUUUGCCAAGUCACAGCUACAACACCUACUGUGAACAUGACAGAAUCUGAUCCUUCUCCCUCAACCGAUCCUUCUUCUCCCACAUCAGCUCCUCCUUCCUGCAGGCUGAACUGUGGCUACAGCCUCGGCAGCUGUUCCUGCUCCAGCUCCUGUCAGUACUACGGAAACUGCUGCCACGAUUACUACGAUUACUGUGAAGCAACCACACCUACUCCUGACACCCCAACAGAGUCUCAUCCUUCUCCUUCAACUGUUCCUCCUGAACCUUCAGUUCAUCCUUCUUCUCCCACAUCAGCUCCUCCUUCCUGCAGGUGGAACUGUGGCUCUCACCUCAGCAGCUGUUCCUGCUCCAGCUCCUGUCAGUACCAUGGAACCUGCUGCCACGACUACCACGAUUACUGCCACAUAUACACACCUUCUCCAUCUGACAGCACAACAGUUGCUUCCUGCAGGUCGAACUGUGGUUCUAACCUCGGCAGCUGUUCCUGUGCCCCCUUCUGUCAAUACUAUGGACGCUGUUGCAAUGACUACUACGAUUUUUGCCAAGUCACAGCUACAACACCUACUGUGAACCCAACAGUUGGAGGACCAUGUGGUGGAGAUCUGACUAACUCAAGUGGAGAAUUCUUCAGCCCCCAGUAUCCUAAUAACUACCCUAAUAAUGCCUAUUGCACAUGGACACUUCUGGCAUCAGAGACACAAGUUGUUAAUUUGACCUUCACGUUUGUUGAUUUGGAGGAAUGUUGCGACUCCAUCAGGGUGUAUGAUGGUCCCAGUGCUACUUACCCACUGCUGGCACACUUGCCUCAAGAUCAGAGAUUUCACUUCAGCUCCCCCAGGAACUACCUGACCGUAGUGUUCUCAAGUGACCACAGAGGAUCUCGUCGAGGCUUCCGGGCACAGUGGGUGUUCUCAGAACGACCUUCCUGCAGGGGGAACUGCGGCUAUAGUUUUAUUCCAUGUUCCUGCACCAGCUCCUGUCAGUACUAUGGAAACUGUUGCCAUGACUACUACACGUACUGCCAAGCCACAACCGAACCGCCCACAGUGACUCGGCCCACCUGUGGAGGAUACUACUUUGAUUCCGGGUCAAUCUCCAGCCCUGACUAUCCAAAUGAUUACCCUAACUACGCAGAGUGUGUAUGGCAGAUCUCUGCUCCUGCAGGGCAGACGAUCUUUCUGUCGUUUGUAGAUCUCGAGGUUCAGCACUGCUGUGACUGUGACUAUGUAAACGUGUAUGACGGCUCCUCCACUGCCUCAUCACUGCUGGGGAAGCUGUGCUACAACGCCACCACCCUCCAGGACUUCCACUCAUCCUCCUCAUACAUGACUGUCCUGUUCAGGAGCGACGGCUCAGAAGGGGCUCGCGGCUUCUUAGGCUUCUUCAGCAGCUCUCUGCCUGAAAAUACAGCUAGAGUGGUCUGUUCCUCAGAGAACAUGACCAUUGUGAUUCAGAGAUCAUACCUGGACUCUCUGGGCAUUGGCUGGCAAAAUCUCUAUGUGGAUGACCAUCGUUGCAGACCCUCUGCUAACCGCUACGAGGUGUCCUUCAACUUCCCUAUUGAUAUGUGUGGAACCAACAAAACGACCAAGAAUGGACGCGUUGUCUACAGUAACCAUGUGCAAGUGGCACAAUCAAAGUCAGGCGAGAUCACACGGCAGGUCGAAGAGUUCCUACUGAGCGUCAACUGCCACAAGGGGCAGGACACCACAGUAGGGACAGUCUGCAAGACCGAAGUGACGAUCAACAGCACCAUCUCUGGCACAGGCCACUUUAAUACCAGCAUGGCCUUCUACCAUUCCAGAAGCUUCUCCUACCCUAUACUUGAAUUUCCCUACAAGGUCAGGCUCGAUCAGUACCUGUAUGUUCAGGUGCAGCUCAGCAAAGCGGACAACACCCUGAACCUCCUGGUGGACAGUUGUGUGGCCUCUCCCAACCAUGACUUCAAGGCUCGCUCCUACACCCUGAUCCAAAACGGCUGUGCGAAGGACAACACGGUCCACAUAUACACCAAUGGGAGGCAGUACUACGCUCAGUUCCGUUUCAGGGCCUUCAAGUUCCUGCGGACUCAUUCCUACGUCUUCCUGCAGUGUAGGGUGGUCGUCUGCGCUGACAACGACUUCAACUCCCGCUGUCGCCAAGGCUGCCGCAUGCGCAACAGGAGAUCCCUUGACUCCUCCCACCACACUGAAACGGUCACACUGGGGCCAAUCACCCUCAAAGGUGCAGAUUCUGCUAUCAAGCUUGAGAAAGAAGACUGAGCUCACUUUACUCCCUUUAGAAGCAAUCUCUUAUCUCUUUUUCAAAUGGCGCAUUUACGUACUCACUUCUAAUAAAGCAAAUUUCCAAAAGGCAAA